UCAAACAAAAAGUACUGUAUUCUUGAACGAAGAGAGAGAACCGACCCAUCUAUGCCCUCGCCUUAAACCCUAGGUUGCAUUUGUAGUUGCCCAUCAACUGAGGAAGAUAAACAAAAGAAAAGAAUACUCUGCCCCUAAUUUUUCCUACACUUUCAGGAUCCAAGAUGACGAAGAAGAAGAUGAAGGAGAAGAGCGUAAACAUCUCGGGAAAGCCGAAGCACUCGCUGGACGCGAACCGUACGGACAAGAGCAAUGGUUCGCGUAGCGCCGCCACAGUUCGGCGGCUUCAAAUGUACAACACGAGGCCCAAGCGGGACCGAUCAGGCAAGAUCCUCAAGCACGACUUUCAGUCCAAGGAGCUUCCGAACACUCGAAUCCAACCUGACCGCCGCUGGUUCGGGAAUACUCGAGUUGUGAAUCAGAAAGAGCUUGAAUUUUUCCGUGAAGAGCUUCAAAAUCGGAUGUCUAGUAGCUAUAAUGUCAUUUUGAAGGAGAGGAAACUGCCCUUGUCCCUCUUGAAUGAUCGCCAAAAGCAAGCCAGAGUUCAUCUUCUUGAUACUGAGCCUUUUGAGGAUGCAUUUGGACCUAAGGCAAAGAGGAAGCGUCCAAAGCUCUUGGCAGCAGAUUAUGAGUCAUGGGCUAAGAAAGCCGAUGGUUCUCAGGAUGUCUUUGAGGAGAAGCAUGCUGCCAAUGCCUCUGCAGAAGGAGAUGAAGAAGAUGGACUUAGGGACCUGGUUCGGCAUACAAUGUUUGAGAAGGGUCAAAGUAAACGUAUAUGGGGUGAGCUCUAUAAAGUAAUAGACUCUUCAGAUGUGGUUGUCCAGGUUUUGGAUGCGAGGGACCCACAAGGUACAAGAUGUUACCAUCUAGAGAGACAUUUGAAAGAGCAUUGCAAGCAUAAACACUUGAUCCUUUUGAUAAACAAGUGUGAUUUGGUUCCUGCUUGGGCAACUAAAGGGUGGCUUAGAGUGUUAUCUAAGGAAUAUCCAACUCUUGCAUUCCAUGCGAGCAUCAACAAGUCAUUUGGCAAGGUACCCUCUCUGCUCAUGUAACUUUGUGGUCAUGAAGGUAACUUUGUUGAUGAAGCUUGCUACUCUAGUGGUUUAGUUUAGCUGACAUACUUGUGUGUUUCUUUUCCUCUCAAGGUUUGCAAGGUUGCUCCUAUUCCAGGUGAGACUAAAGUGUGGCAGUACAUAACUCUCACAAAGAGGAUCUUCUUGAUUGACUGCCCUGGAGUUGUUUACCAGAACAAGGAUUCCGAAACAGAUAUUGUACUGAAGGGUGUGGUACGUGUCACAAACUUGCAGGAUGCCUCAGAACACAUUGGAGAAGUUUUGAAACGUGUGAAGAAGGAGCACUUGGAAAGAGCGUAUAAGAUAAAAGACUGGGUUGAUGAAAAUGACUUUUUGGUUCAGCUAUGCAAAUUGUCAGGCAAGCUUUUGAAGGGUGGAGAACCUGACUUGAUGACGGCGGGAAAGAUGAUCCUUCAUGACUGGCAGAGGGGUAAGAUACCCUUUUUUGUGCCCCCUCCACGACAAGAAGCCAAGUCAUCGGAGGAACCCAAUGCUUUUGGCGCUGACAAAGUUGAAGGUGUGGAGAGCAGUCAAGCAGCUGCUGCUUUUAAAGCCAUUGCAAGUGUUAUUUCAUCCCAGCAGCUAAAAUCUGUCCCUGUUCAAAGAGAUCUCUUUAGUGAGAAUGAGUUAGAGGGUGAUACAGAUGCGCAGCUUCCGGCUGCUGAGGGUGAGACAUCCGAGCAGCUCCCAGCUGCCGAGAGUGAUUCACCUGUGCUGCUUUCAGCAUCUGAGGACGAGAGUGCUGACGAACUUCCUGCUAGUGACUAGUGAGCCAUAAUUUAUACCGAGGAGGAAGUCACUUUUUGUAGUCUGGGAAGUUUUAGAUGUCUAGUUCUCUUCAAAUAUUGCCUGCCAGAUUUGUUUUGAUUGCAGAGUAUAAAAUUGCGAGCUCGUUUAAUUAUAUUCUAUCACAAGUUUUUUUGUUUU